CUAAGUAGUUUUAGCGUCCUUUCUGUGUACAGUUGCUAGCUAAUCGUUAGCUGACUGAAAUUUAGGGAAGAAAGGGGCGAACAAAGCCCUGUCGAAAAUGUGUUUAAUACGAUUUAGUUACGGACGGAUACAUAGAAUAAGGAUUUCUAAUCUGAUUAAUUCCAAUAAGCGAUGGGCGAAUGAGCCUGCAGCAAUGCUACUUUGAUUUCCAUACACGAUUUAUGAAAGCAGAAAUCUUUCCUGUCUCUUUGGGGUUUGAACAUUUCUGGUACUCGCAUGAGUUCUAGGGAGCGAGCCAAGAUGGGGGACAUCUUGGCAACUGAAGCUGAUCUUCUUGGGAUGAUCAAAGAGUACCUCAACUUUGAAGAAUUUGAAGAGACUAUUCAAACUUUUGACAAGGAAUGCAAAACCAAAGGGAAGCUUGUGUCGAAGCCUCGUGGUAGCGCUCUCAGAGACUCAAAGACCCGUGUCAUCCAGGAAGAUCUUCUGAGCUCAUUUGAUGAUGGUGACCACAAAGUGUUCUUUGAUCUCUGGGCAGAAAACAUUCCCUCAGCGGUAAAAGACUCAGAUGACGAAGCACAGAACCUUGAGUUCUACCUUCAUAUCCACUUUACUGUCUACCCACUGAGGACACACCCCAGUAGACAAGACCGAGCUGAAUUUGAGGAGAGGAUUUUCCUUUUCAAGCAAUACCUUGAAACUCGUGGAUCAGCUCUGAGCCAGACUACUGAGUUUUUGCCUUAUUACGCUUUGCCUUUUGUUCCCAAUCCAACCAUUCACCCGUCCUUUAAAGAUCUCUUUCAGGAUUCCUGGAUGCCACAGCUGAAGGACAAGUUGGAGAAGUUUUUAUCAGUGACUCUAAAAUCGACUAAGAUUCCAAGGCUGUUGACUUUAUAUAAGGAGGGUGGAAGAACUACCAAAGAAGCCAUGCAGCAGUUGCAGCUUCAGCUGGCUGAAUCGGAGCGACGCAUCUCCAGCUACGUACGGAAGUGUAACAAGAUCAAAGCUGACUACCAUAACCUUAUUGGAAUCACUGCUGAGCUGGUCGACUCUUUGGAGGCCACUGUCAGUGGAAAAAUGAUUUCCCCUGAGUAUCUGCAGAGUGUGUGUGUUCGCCUAUUCAGCAGCCAGAUGAGGCAAAGUGCUGUUCAGAGCACGGACUUCACAAGGCCUGGCACUGGAUAUUACUCUAUGAGUCCCUAUGAUGAUGGCUAUGCCUCGUCCAUGCUACGUGCAUCUAUUGCACUACAGAGGCCUAAGGAGGUGCCAAUGCUGCCUUCUCUGGACUAUGACAAACUGAAGACCGACUUGGUUGUCGGCUCAGACAGACUGAAGUGUCUCCUGCUGCAGGCUCUGCGCUGGAGAAUAACUCGCUCACUCCCUGGUGAACAGAGGGACACGGUGCUUCAAGCCUACAUCAGUAACGACCUGCUGGAAUGCUACAGCACCAACAAGAAAACUGUGCUUCAUUUGAUGAAGUCAGCAAACGAGGUUGUCCGUCAAUACACUGCUCGUCUCAUCAAUGCAUUUGCUUCCCUUGCAGAGGGCCGGAUUUACCUCUCCCAAAUUCCACUUCUUGUGAAGCUUCUGACAGAAACACUAAGGAGGGAGGAGAAGGACUCUCUGACUCGGGAAAAUGUUCUGGUUGCCCUUCAGAAGCUCAGUCUUAGGAGAAGCCAGCAGACAGCCAUGAUUGAAGAUGAUCUUAUUGGUUGGCUUGUGGAUGAGCUGCAGGACUCGGACUGUCUCAGUGACUACACCCUGGAGUAUUCUGCAGCUCUGCUUAUGAACUUGUGUCUGCGAACCAAAGGAAAAAGGAAGUGCGCGGAGAACGCCAAGCAUGUGCUCAAAGUUCUGACUGACCUCCUCGGACAUGAGAACCAUGAGAUUCGGCCAUAUGUGAAUGGAGCUCUGUACAGUAUCCUGUGUAUUCCCUCCGUGCGACAGGAAGCCAAAGAGAUGAGUGUAGAGGAGAUUCUUCGUUGUUACAACAGAGAGGAAAACCCAGACCUCAACAGACAGAUUGAGUUCAUCAUUAAGCAGCUCAACUCAGGUGAUGAAGAGGGACCAGAGUCAGAUGAUGAGGAAGAAGAGGAUGACAAUGAUGAGGAUUUAAUGGAAAUAGAACUUGAUAAAGAGGAAAUUCUUCAACCCCAGCAAAGGGAGCUGUCUGGGGAGACCCUGCUCACCACUGAGUAUCUUGGGAUCAUGACAAACAUGAUGAAAGUAAAGAGGAAGUCAACACCUUUGGCGUGCCCAAACGUUGAUGAGCCCUUACAACGGCCAGUCACCCCGAGUUCUCAUCGAAAUGCAGGUGAAAAUUGUCCCAGCAGUCAGUGUGAUGAGGGUAGAAACAGGGAAUACCCCCUGAACAGACAGAGGAGUUUGGAAGGGAGUCUGAUCCCCUCACCAUACAACUCUCGACCUCCGACACGUUCUGGCAGCCCACCCAGCACUGCCGACUCCCUUCAUCACAGCAUAGACUCAGAAUGCGGACGGUUCUACCAGGAUUCACAGUUAGACCGGACAUAUGAAGGUCAAGCCAGGAAAGGACGGUCCCAGGAGAGACACAAUGGGCACUCCGUCAGUGACAGCUACAUCCUUGGGUUUGUGAGCUCCUCCAAGAUCCCCCGGACACCUGAUCCCCCCAUUAGCCAGAACAGUGAUCACCGGAGUCGUGAACUUGCUCUGGCACCCCGGUUCUCCCAGUCGGAGCCACAGCAGGGCAGCCGGCCUGCCAGCUCCACAGGAGGAGGAGGAGGGAGUGGAAGCAGGCACUCAAAGAGGAGGUGAAGAGGGAGCUGUCACCAUGGGGGGGAAGCGCUAUCUGUCCAGGAACGUCAGGCUUCCUGUAACAUUAUCCCCCCCGGGUUGCGAUCGGGGUCAGGCCAAGAGAGACGGGUAGGAAACGACGGCAGCAGUGAGAGGAGGCAGAGGAGUGUGUGAAACAAUGUGUAGGAUUGUGGCUCUAAAUCCCCCCCACACACACUCCCCCGCUUCAGCACACACCGCUUUGGCAACACGAUAUGAUGGCAGACAACAAUCACAACCACCAGCGAAGCAAC